CACAUUGAGAAAAGAGCUUAGCCCUGAGGAGGGUAAUCAACUGCUGUAUCUCCCAGGUGACCCACUCCCAUUGUGGAAUCACAUGGACUCCAUUGGGCCUGCUGGGUUGCAGCCUGGGGAAAGAGCCCUGGGCUGUCCCCAGGAGGGGUUACCCCUGCCCUCAGACAGCUCAGAGCUGGUACAGGAAUGUCUACAGCAAUUCAAGGUGACAAGGACACAGCUGCAGCAGAUCCAAGCCAGCCUCCUGGAUUCCAUGGAGCAGGCAUUGAAGGGACAGGACAGCCCUGCUCCUGCUGUCCGGAUGCUGCCCACAUAUGUGGGGUCUACCCCACAUGGCACUGAACAAGGAGACUUUCUGGUGCUGGAGCUAGGGGCCACAGGGGCCUCACUGCGAGUCUUGUGGGUGACUCUGACGGGCAUCGAGGGGCAUAGGGUGGAGCCCAGGAGCCAGGAGUUCAUGAUUCCUGAAGAGGUGGUACUGGGCACUGGCCAGCAACUCUUUGACUUUGCCGCCUGCUGCUUGUCUGAGUUCCUGGAUGCACACCCCGUGGGAAAUCGGGGCCUGCAGCUUGGGUUCAGCUUCUCCUUCCCUUGCCACCAAACAGGCCUGGACAAGAGCACCCUCAUUUCCUGGACCAAAGGUUUUAGGUGCAGUGGUGUGGAAGGCCAGGAUGUGGUCCAGUUGCUGAGAGAUGCCAUUCAGAGGCAGGGGGCCUACAGCAUUGACGUGGUUGCUGUGGUGAACGACACAGUGGGCACCAUGAUGGGCUGUGAGCCAGGCACCCGGCCAUGUGAGAUUGGGCUCAUCGUAGACACUGGCACCAAUGCAUGUUACAUGGAGGAGGCGAGGCACGUGGCCGUAUUGGAUGAGGACCGGGGCCGCACCUGCGUCAGCAUUGAAUGGGGAUCCUUCAACGAUCAUGGGGCCCUGGGGCCAGUGAUGACCACCUUCGACCAUGCCUUGGAUCAGGAGUCCCUGAAUCCUGGUGCCCAGAGGUUUGAAAAGAUGAUUGGGGGCUUAUACCUGGGUGAGCUGGUGCGACUGGUGCUGGCCCACUUGGCCCGUCGUGGCGUCCUCUUUGGUGGCUGUACCUCUCCUGCUUUGCUGAGCCAAGGCAGCAUCCGUCUGGAGCAUGUGGCUGAGAUGGAGGACCCCUCCACUGGGGCAGCCCGUGUCCACACAAUCCUGCAGGACCUGGGCCUGAGCCUGGAGGCUUCAGAUGCUGAGUUUGUGCAGCGUGUGUGCGUGGCCGUGUGCACGCGGGCUGCCCAGCUUUGUGCAGCGGCCCUGGCUGCAGUCCUGUCCCGUCUGCAGCACAGCCGGGAGCAGCAGACCCUCCAGGUUGCUGUGGCCACAGGAGGUCAAGUGUUUGAGCAGCACCUCAGGUUCCACAGCAUUUUGCAGGAAACAGUGAUGCUCUUGGUCCCGGAAUGUGAUGUCUCCUUUAUCCCCUCUGUGGAUGGAGGUGGCCGGGGUGUGGCAAUGGUGACAGCUGUGGCUGCCCGCUUGGCCGCCCACCGGCGCCUGCUGGAGGAGACCCUGGCACCUUUCCGGUUGAACCUGGAGCAGCUGAAAGCCGUGCAAGCACAGAUGCGGGAGGCCAUGGCCAAGGGGCUCCGAGGGGAGGCUUCCUCUCUCCGUAUGCUACCCACUUACGUGCGAGCCACACCUGAUGGCAGCGAGCGAGGAGACUUUCUGGCUUUGGACCUGGGGGGCACCAACUUCCGGGUCCUCCUGGUGCGUUUGACAGAGGGAGGUGUGCAGAUCAUCAACCAGGUUUACUCCAUCCCUGAGUGUGUGGCCCAGGGCUCUGGGCAGCAGCUCUUUGACCACAUCGUGGACUGCAUCGUGGACUUCCAGCAGAGGCAGGGCAUGAGUGGACAGAGCCUCCCCCUGGGUUUCACUUUCUCCUUCCCAUGCAAGCAGGUUGGCCUGGACCAGGGCAUCCUUCUAAACUGGACUAAGGGUUUCAAUGCAUCAGACUGUGAGGGCCAUGAUGUUGUGCAUCUGCUGCGGGAAGCCAUCAAACGCAGACAGGCAGUGGAGCUGAAUGUUGUUGCCAUUGUCAAUGACACGGUGGGGACCAUGAUGUCCUGUGGCUAUGAGGAUCCCCGUUGCGAGAUAGGCCUCAUUGUCGGAACUGGAACCAAUGCCUGCUACAUGGAAGAGCUCCCAAAUGUGGUGGACAUGGCUGACGAGUCAGGCCAAAUGUGCAUCAACAUGGAGUGGGGAGCCUUUGGGGAUGAUGGCUCACUGGGCAUGCUCAGCACCUGCUUUGAUGAGAGUGUGGACCAGGCGUCCAUCAAUCCUGGCAAGCAGAGAUUUGAGAAGAUGAUCAGUGGUAUGUACCUGGGGGAGAUUGUCCGCCACAUCCUCUUGCAUUUGACCAGCCUUGGAGUUCUCUUCCGAGGCCAGCAGACCCAGUGCCUUCAGACUAGGGACAUCUUCAAGACCAAGUUUCUCUCUGAGAUUGAAAGCGACAGCCUGGCUCUGCGACAGGUCCGAGCCAUCCUGGAGGAUCUGGGGCUGCCCCUGACCUCAGACGAUGCCCUGAUGGUCCUAGAGGUGUGCCAGGCUGUGUCCCGGAGAGCUGCUCAACUCUGUGGGGCAGGUGUAGCUGCCGUGGUGGAGAAGAUCCRGGAGAACCGUGGCCUGGAGGAAUUGACAAUCUCCGUGGGGGUGGAUGGGACCCUCUACAAGCUGCAUCCCCACUUCUCCAGCCUGGUGGCGGCCACAGUAAGGGAACUGGCCCCUCGCUGUAAAGUCACUUUCCUGCAGUCAGAGGAUGGAUCUGGCAAAGGUGCAGCUUUGGUCACUGCUGUUGCCUGUCGCCUUGCUCAGAAGACCCGUGUCUGAAGAAAUCUACAGGAACCCUGGGAUCUCAGCCCUACUCUUGCCAGACCAGGGCCUGGACCUAGCCCGUCUCCAAGCCAGACCAGCCACCAGAGACUCUCAGAAUAGUCCAUGUAUGAUACCUCUGUGGCCAUCUACCCUCCCCGAUAGCUUUUCCCAAGAGAGGUAGCACAUGGAUUAGCAAUAUAUAUAUAUAAUUUAUUUACA